GUGGCCCGCGCUUCCGCGUCGGGAGCCGGCGGCGGAUCCCGGGACGCGGAGACCCGGGGUCCCGGCAGCGGGGCGGCCCGCGGGCGCGGGGCUGGGAUGCAUCGCCGCGGGGUGGGAGCCGGCGCCAUCGCCAAGAAGAAGCUGGCCGAGGCCAAGUACAAGGAGCGAGGAACUGUCUUGGCUGAGGACCAGCUGGCCCAGAUGUCAAAGCAGUUGGACAUGUUCAAGACCAACCUGGAGGAGUUUGCCAGCAAGCAUAAGCAGGAGAUCCGGAAGAAUCCAGAAUUCCGGGUGCAGUUCCAGGACAUGUGCGCCACCAUCGGGGUGGAUCCUCUGGCCUCUGGAAAAGGAUUUUGGUCUGAGAUGCUAGGCGUGGGAGAUUUCUAUUAUGAGCUGGGUGUUCAGAUCAUCGAAGUGUGCCUGGCCCUGAAGCACCGGAAUGGAGGUCUGAUAACUCUGGAAGAACUACAUCAGCAGGUGUUAAAAGGAAGGGGCAAAUUCGCACAGGAUGUCAGCCAAGACGACCUUAUCAGGGCCAUCAAGAAGCUGAAGGCGCUCGGCACCGGCUUUGGCAUCAUCCCCGUGGGUGGCACCUACCUCAUUCAGUCUGUUCCGGCUGAGCUCAAUAUGGACCACACGGUGGUGCUGCAGCUGGCGGAGAAAAAUGGCUACGUGACCGUCAGCGAUAUCAAAGCCAGUCUUAAAUGGGAGACCGAGCGAGCGCGGCAAGUGCUGGAACACCUGCUGAAGGAAGGGCUGGCCUGGCUGGACCUACAGGCGCCCGGGGAGGCCCACUACUGGCUGCCCGCUCUUUUCACGGACCUCUACUCCCAGGACAUUACAGCCGAGGAGGCCAGAGAAGCCCUCCCCUGACUCUGGGAGCGCCCGGGGGGUGGGGGCCGGGGGCCCGGCAGCUGGCAGGGAGAGGAGGGGAGAGCGGUUGGCGAAUAAAACCCGAACAACUUUGCUUUUGUCUGUUUUCUUUCAAGAAGAAAGAGUUCCAAGUUUUCUUGCGCCCUCCGUACGCUUCACCCAUUGGCUUGUUUUUUCUUAAAGUGCCUUCCCGUAGCAUCUUUAGUGGAGAAAACCUCAUUUAUCCAGGAAGGAGGACCCGAGUUACACAGAACAGCGAGCACGGAGGGAAGGACCUCUACGGGCCGGUCUUCCAAGCUCACGGCGAAGCCGGGUCUAGGACGAAGGCUGUCCGCCUCCUGGCUCGACAGCCUAGUCUCUCUCUAGCCCUGAGGCAUAAAUCACAGCCCGCUGGCUCAAAGCUGGUCCCUAGGAAGAUGUUUUGAUCUCAAACCAGCAGACCCUAACGGACCCGUAAGUCAUAGCCACUCGUCCGGUCUCAUCCAGCUUCCUUGAGGGCCUGCAGGUUCUGACAGACACGGCUGAGUGUGAAGCAGAGGUCAAAGUCAAGUGGUGGUUAGAGGAAACCGUGGAAUCUGGGGGAACUGACCGACAGUGGCCCUACACGGUGGUAGUUCUCCCGUUUCCUAGUGGGUUUCCCUCUCCCGUUGCUCACCGGGUCCCUCUAGCCUCAGUGGCGGCAAGGGCAUUGUUUAGUGAACACCUACCCCACGCCAUUUGCGAACCCCCUCUAAUCCUCACGACUUUACUUGGGUAAGUAGGUCUCCUUAAUGUCUCAGGCGAAGGGUCCAAGUCCUCUACCAGAGGCCACCAGGCGGAAGAAGCAGAGAAAAGCCAGAGCUAGGUCCACUCCCAUCAGACCCCCUCACUUUCCCGUAUCCUGGCUGCACACGGCACGGGGCGGCAUUUUGCAAAGUUUCUCCCCACGCCCGUGGUCAGCCAGGAAGAAAAGCCUCUGCGCCGGAAAGCGGGGGCCUUGUUUACCCAGUAGGGACAGGGGUGUGGGGCGGAGGCUGCGCGAAGCAGCGUCUCCACGGUCUCCGAACGCUGGGCUCCUGAGGGCUGGUUGAGUGCCAGAAAACAGAAAACCCAGUGGUUUGGAUUAUCCCGAACGUGGACACCCUAUCCUUACCAAGGGACACUCGGGCCAAGCCCAGGUGCCCAGACUCGAGGCCUGCCCGUCCUUGUAGGACCUGGAUCUCUCUGGAAGCAGCCGAGGCCAAGGUGGCACUCCUCUCCUUGGCGGCCCGAGGGGGGCUCACGAAACGCUCUUCUCCUUCUGGUGGGCGGGAAACUGGUCACCAGCAGCCCUGCAUCCACCCAGGUCACAUAGGCGGGAGCUUCCAGCUUCCAGACGGUUCACUGAGCGCUUUCUUCCUCCCUGACGGGUCCAGACCCAGGGGAGAGGUGUGGUUGUCGAGGAGACCCACGCUCCCUUCACGCAAACCCUCCCACACCCACAGGCGCUUCCUCCUUCUGCCAAAACAAACUUUAUUGCACCAAAAAGAAAAACAAAAAACAAAAAACUUCAUUUAUGUACAGUCAGAUAUAAAGACAUCUCUUUGACUCCUGUGCAUAUAUUUCCUCAACUCAAGAUUAGGGCGUAAAAGUCGGGCCGGUAUGCCAGACAUGCUCUGCCCAUGGCAGGGCCAAGGAGAGGAUUGUCACUUGAAAGUGGGAACACUUAAAAUGGAUGACAGACGACCACUGGACCAACAGACCAAGGGCAUUCUUCUAAGCCCUGCGCUAGCUCUGGGAAUGGAAGAGGGAAAUGGGAAGCAGGGUCCCUCUUUUGAGUCUCGUUAAGAGACUCAGCCUUCGGUAUCCAAGAUAAACUUCCGUUCCCCAAGCCCACGUCCUGUCCAGUUUCUCAGCUUCCUGCCCUCCCAAGUAGGACAUUCUCCUUUGUGCCCGACCCCCCCCCCCCCCAACUCCCCCCGGGAAGUCCCACCACGACCCCCACCCAGGCAGCCGCCUCCACGGCAGCGGGCGGGGCAGGUACGCCGUCUCCUCUCCCUUCUCCCUUCCACGUGGCUGGAUGCUGCCUGAGGCCCUGCGUCACAUGGGUCACCGACACCCCACUGGGAGCCUUAACGGGAAGAAUCCGGAAAAUAUGGGGCGAACACACCAUAAAGGGGAAGGCUGGAUUCCCUCAACGCCCAGUACCACAGGGCACCUAAAGCCCAUUUUUCCGAGCCAACCGGCUAAAGAAUCACUGUAGCUAGAUACAGACAGAGAAGCGACACAGCCAGGGGACACCCCUUAGAGCCAGCGGCAGAGCAGCCGGGAGGGAGAGGGAGGGGAGUGGCGAGAAGGGGAGCCCAGAGUUCCAGCCAUCCCCCCCCCCGCCCCCCCGCCAUUGCCUACCUUGCUCCCCACAGGUUCCUGGGCAUUGAAGUUGGGGCGGGGGGCGGGGGGCGGUGGCGCGGGAGGGG